AUGCCACCACCGAAGGAGAAGCCACCGGAGGAGAAAAAGCCAUCGGAGGGGAAGCCGCCGAAGGAGAAGAAGCCGAGAAAGCAAAGAGCGAAGAAGCCACCGAAGAAGCGGCGGGCGCGGGGCACAUGGAGAUUCGACAAGCCGUCGCCCGACGCGCCGUCGGCGCUGGACGUGCUGCUGGCGUGGCUCACGACUCCCGGUAACAGCACGCGCUGGCGGAACGGCCUGCAGUCAAAGUACGACCUGUGCCGGGAGAUCCUGCGGGGGCUCAAGGCCAACGGCAUUGACAACCCGAAGCGCACGGUGUACCGCGUGUACGACCAGGUGCGCAAGUACGAGGCCGGCUACAUCCAGGCCACCGCGGACCUGAUGAUACUCGAGCAGAUGGACGCCUACCUGCGGGGCGAGGCCAGUGAAGAGGUGCAGCGGCUGGUCCGCAAAAGCUCCCUCCUGUACAAAGAGCUCACGCCCUUCUUCGGCGAGGAGGUGAUAGGCAGGAAGAACCUGCCGGUGCUGGUGCCCGAAACGCCCGAGAUGAAGAGAGCGAGAGAGGUCAUGGCUGCUGCUGAGGCAGCGAGAUUGGCGGCAGCGGCAGAGAUCGAGAAGCUAACGCCGUCUUCUGAUGCGGCGCCUACCGGUAGACAGGCCAAGAAGACGCCUUCCAGUGCUGGUGCUGCACCUGCUGAAGCAGUUAAAUUGGCUGAGAAGACGGCAGUGCCAGCUGUGGCUGCGAACAAGAGUGCAGUGGGUACGUGGAAAGCGAGUGUGGAGAAGAACCGGCCCAUGACUGUGUCCGGAAAGAAGAAGCAGGGUGGGCUGCAAAUGGUGCCGGCGGAGAGCAAGGAGCAGGGCGCUGCUACGACGAACGUUGGUGGCGGGGACGCGAAGGAGUCCAAUGCACCUUCUGCUGAUCAGGUUGUUAUUAAGGUUGAGCAGGUCCCUGUUGUGGCGGGCGCCAAUGCGCAUAGUAGUGUGGGCGUUGAAGCGGACAAAAAGAACGCAGAGAGGGAGGGUGUGGAUUUGGAGGCCAAACUGAGCAGUGGAGCAGAGGAGAGCAAGGAUGCCGGGGCUAAGCAGCAGAACACUGCCCCUGUGCAGCGUAGCGAAGGAUCUGUGGAAAAGAAGAACGAAGGUGGCGCUGAUCAAGAGAAGAAGCAGGAUGGAAAUGAAGCGGGAGGCAAGAAUGCUCAAGAAAAGAAAGCCCAAGAUGAUGACAACGAAAGUGGCGAUGAGAGCCCUGAGGAAGAAGUGAACGAUGCUGCCAAAGUGAAGCGCGUGGUGAAGCGAAACAAGCUAUACGUGUCAAGUGAUUCGGAGGAAGAUGACGGUGCUGUUGAAAAUUGGAGCAAGAGCGAUAAGGGCACCAGUGACAGAGUAGAGCAAAUGCCACUAGCACAACGCGAUGAGGUGGAAGACAAGCAAGAAGAGGAGGACGCGGAGAAAGUGGGAGGAGAACUCACCGAGUAUAUCAACCCCGACAAGAAACCAGAGGCCGAUGAUAGUGAAAACGAGCGUGAAAAUCCGAAACAAGGGGAGGAAGAGGUCGACGAACAGGAGGAGAACGAGGAGAAAGCGGACAAAACCCCAGAGCAAGACAACGCAGCGGCAAAAGAAUCCGGUGCCGACGCUGAGAGCAGCUCGAGUGAAAGCUCGAGCGAAGAUGACGAGCUUGAGACCGAAGACGCUCGACCUGCUGCACAGGCCGUUUCCGAUGAUGAGGGCGAAUCCGAGUCCGAGUCAGAAUCUCAAGAAGACGACGACGACGACAACGACGAAGACGCCGAUAUGGACGAGCCCGUCAAGGAGCAGAGCGACCCCGAGGUUGAGACCCCUGCACAACAGCGGCCUGCUCGGAAGCGCGGUAGCCCCGCCCCUUCAUCACCAUCGGCCAAGCGAUCUCGACGAGGCAGCACCGUCACCAUAGACCUGGAACGUGAGACCUUUAUUGAGCGCGCGAAGCAGGAGCACACUCAACGCCAGGAACUGUUCGAACUGGAGCGCGCCAAGGUCGAGUGCGAGUUGCAGGCGAAGAGAGUGCAGCUCGCGAUGCAGAAGUCACUCGCACGGAAAAGGCUUCUUGGCGCUGGCGUUGACCGUGCUGAGGUCGACCGUGUGCUGCCUCUGUAA